ACGGCGAAGGCGAGAGGGUUUGCGUUCUUCGAGGCGCUCGGGAAUCCCCGAUACCACGUCGCGCCCAUGGUCGAUCAGAGCGAACUCGCGUUUCGAGAGUUGUGUAAACGAUACGGGGCGACGCUGGGAUACACGCCGAUGAUACACGCUCGUUUGUUCGUGGAGUCUCCAAAGUAUCGACGGGAGAUUUUUAGCACGUCGACGCGCGACAGGCCGUUGUUGGCACAGUUUUGCGCGAACGAUCCCGAGAUAUUGCUUCGCGCGGCGACCAUGAUCGCACCGUAUUGCGAUGGGGUUGAUAUUAAUUUUGGAUGUCCGCAAAGAAUCGCGAAAAGAGGGAACUAUGGGGCGUUUUUGAUGGACGAUUGGAAGACGGUGGAGGCGUUGAUUCGUAAACUCGAUGAAGAGUUGCCCGUGCCCGUCACGGCGAAGAUUCGCGUGUACGAUGACUUAGAGACAACGUUGAAGUACGCCAAGAUGGUUGAAGCUGCCGGGGCACAGAUUGUUGCCGUGCACGGACGAACGCGCGAGCAGAAGCGAUGCGCUGACAUUCGAGCGAAUUGGGCGUAUAUCAGGGCCAUCAAAGACGCACUGAAAGUUCCAGUACUCGCUAACGGCGACAUACGCUCGCUUGCCGAAGCACGCGCAUGUCUUGAGGCUACAGGCGCGGAUGGCGUCUUGAGCGCCGAACCCCUCUUGAGCAAUCCGGCGCUCUUUAGCGACCCCCCGUUUUACGCUGCGCCGACGGACGGAUACGCCCCGAUCCCGCUCGAUGGCGUCGCGGCGGUUGAUUUGAUGAUUGAGUAUUUCGACAUCUGCAAGUCGUACACGACGUCAUUUAGUUACAUUCGUGGCCACGUGUGGAAACUCGUCGGUCACUGGAUGAGCGAGUUUACUGAUUUGCGCGACGAAUUCGUCGCC